AUGAGUCAUUGGGAAACACCUGAUUCUUUUGUUAAAAAAUCAAUCUUCAAAAACAACACAGCUCAAAUUAAGAAUACACAUAGUGGACUUAUAACAUUAACUGAAUCAAAUGUUACUGUUUCAGAAUGCAUUUUCAUAGAAAACAAAUCACCAAAUACUUUCAGUGCUGAUACAAAUGCUAUUCUCACAGUAAUAAACUGUACAGGAGAUCCUUUUACUGCAAGUAGUAGUAAUGCAGGUACAGUUCACACAGAUAAGAUGACAACUGAUCCUUUUAAUCUUACACUUUCGCUUCUUUCAUUAGGGAAAUGUGAAGCAGAACAUCCAUUUUCAUUUGAAAACAUUUUAAAUAGAUCCACAAAGAAUAACAGCCUUGUACUUGAAGAACUUAUUUCUUUUAAUUUUUCUCUUGAAAGCUUACUAAAUUUGACUAAAUCAUAA